AUGGCGAAGCGGCAGGGCCGGGGGCUCCAGCUGGUGGAGCUCAGCCUGGAGGGCAACAGGAUCCGGGACGACGGCGCCGCCGCCCUCGCCGCCGCGGUCCAGAGCGGCGGCGCCUCCGCGCUGCAGCGCCUCGACCUCGAGGGCAACGGCAUCGGGGACGCCGGCGCCCAGGCACUCGGGAGGGCGCUCCCGUACGCGCCGAAGCUCCGGGAGCUGUGGCUCCACGGCAACGCGUUCCAGACCGUCGGCCGCGACGCCCUGCGGAGCGCGUGGGCCCCGCGGGACCCCAGCGACCUGUGGGUCUGA